AUCCCGCUUGUUCAGUCCGGCCAGUAGUACAUACAUUAUGAAUAUACAAAGUGUAUUCAUAUAUCAAUGAUGGAUUCACUGCGGAUAUUGUUUCAAAAUCAGUUGUUCGCGCGAAUUGUUUAUUGAGUUCUGUCUUCUGUAGUCUUCUGAACGACAAACGAGAAACGACAAACUGUUAUAAUGAAAAACAUCCGUAGUAAAUUUAAAGGUAUCAAUAAACAUUAUACGACAUCGAAGCUGUUUCCCGAAUUACCUUCGAUUGAUUUCAAGCCUUUACCGUACAAAGGCCUUUCUUACGAAAAAGCACAAUCUAUGCAAUUGAAUAAUGUGUUUCCUCAAGUUCAAAUGUAUGAAGACCCUCUACUUUUACAUGAAGGUAAAAUGCAAUGGUUGUUCGAUUACAAGGGCAAGCGGUACUUGGACAUGUUUGGAGGCAUAGCGACCGUUAGCGUAGGUCACUGUCAUCCACGAAUUACUGAAGCGAUUGUGGAGCAAUCAGGUAUAUUGGGUCACGUGUCCGGAGCGUACGAGCAUCCAAAAAUGUACGAAUACGUGGAAUCGCUAGUGUCAAAAAUGCCGGGAGAUUUAAAAUCUGUGUACUUGGUAAACAGUGGCUCUGAAGCCAACGAAUUGGCGAUGCUGCUGGCUCGAUUGCACACUGGAAACCAGGACGUGUUAUCCAUCCAGAACUGUUACCACGGUGUGUCCGGAAAUUUACACGGGCUGACGGCAUUGGCGUCAGCCAAGUACAACAAUAUGUCGGCUGGCAGUUUCAUUCACCAUGCGAUGUGCCCGGACGUUUUCAAAGGCAUCUGGGGAGGGAGAAAGUGCAGGGACUCUCCUGUGCAGACACAGCGGUCUUGCGAAUGCGACCGGGAUCGUUGUCGUGCAGCCGACAAUUAUUACGAACAGCUGGAGAACAUUUUCUCAUACUCGAUACCUCGUGGCAAGGUGGCCGGAUUUUUCGCCGAGUCCAUUCAGGGCGUCGGCGGUAUCGUCCAAUUUCCAAGAGGUUAUUUAAAAAGAGUCUACGAACUGAUCAGAAGUAACGGAGGUUUAUGCGUGGCUGACGAAGUACAGACGGGCUUUGGCAGGACUGGCGAACACUUUUGGAACUUUCAAUCACAUGGUGUCACUCCAGACAUUGUGACAAUGGCCAAGGGUAUUGGAAACGGUUUUCCGAUGGCCGCAGUCGUCACGACGCCAGCAAUCGCGCGGUCAUUGAAUUCGGCUUUUCAUUUCAACACGUUCGGCGGUAAUCCUGUUUCGUGUGCAGUGGGUGUGGCGGUGUUGAAGGUAAUCGACGAAGAAGGCUUGCAGCAAAACUGUUUGGAUGUGGGCACAUAUUUUCUUGACAAGUUGUGCGGCAUGAGACGUGAAUGGAAAAUAAUUGGUGACGUACGAGGUAAAGGACUGAUGAUCGGUGUAGAGUUAAUAGACGGCGAUCAAGAUGAUAGCGAUAAGGGCAUAAUUAAUCCUCUAAAUAGCCGAGCUAUUUCUUGUAUUAAAAACGAUUGCUUAAAAAUGGGGCUUUUGUUUGGGGUCGGAGGAGUAAGAUCAAACGUACUGCGGUUUAUGCCUCCUAUGUGUAUAACGAAAGCUGACGUGGACUUUACAAUUGCAGUUUUGAGACGAGCCAUGCAAAAUUAUUAUGAAGCUAAGUAUCGUAAUAAUCUUUAAAUAUAUUUUUAUUUUCAUAUAAUCAAAAUGUAUUUAAAUAUAUUAUGCUUAUAAUGUUGUUUUAAACAUCUUGACAAAAAUUGA